AUGAGUUCCGCACCUCCUGCCACCACUCCUACCCAGGAUAAGGGUAAGGAGAAGGAGAAGAAGGGCGUUGGCAAGCUUCUCGCCCGUAUGAAGACAGUCCUCAAGAAGGGCGAGUCCUCCCGACGAUUCUCAAUCGUAGGCUCCAAGAGCACCAAAAGACGAAAAUUGUCGAUUGACUUGAAUGACAGCACCGCCGAGCCCGUAGAAGAGAAGCCCGAGCCCAAGCCUGAGCCCGAGGGUGUCACCAAGGUUCCCAGAAGUCAGAUCUAUGAGCAACGCGCGAAGCAACUCGGCGAGCGUUUUGGGCUCCAGCUCUACCCCGGAGACUGGUACUCAACCGAAGGCGAUGCCCUCCGCGUGGAGAAGCCUAUUCGCAUGCGUGUCAGGCGCAACUGCCACCUCUGCAACUCGACCUUUGGGGUGGCCAAGGAGUGCCCGAACUGCCAGCACGUCCGGUGCAAGCACCGAGAACGACGGGCCGCCAAGGCCAAGGAACUCGAGGAGAACCCGCCCAUCGCCGUCGACUACUGCUUCGACGACAAGACUCCCGAGCUGAGGAUCCCGGCCAAGUGCGGAAAGCAGGACCUCGUGUACAAGAAGCCCCGCCAGCGAGUCCGAAGGAACUGCCACGAGUGCGGUACCCUGUUCAAGGCCGGCAGCAAGCUCUGCACCGACUGCGGGCAUAUCCGCUGCACGGAUUGCCCUCGCGACCCUGCCAAGAAGAAGAAGUAUCCAUUUGGAUAUCCUGGCGAUGAAUACGGCCCGACAGCUGUUCCACAUCACGAAUGCCACCAAUGCAAGAGCAUCUUCCCCGGCGGUGCAGCUGACGGCACCGCCUGCCAGUCGUGCCAGCACCCCAAGUGCGAGAGCUGCCAGCGACUAAAACCCCGACGUGUCGAACCCCAACCCGAUCCCGAUGUAUUAAAGUCGGUUGAGGAGAAGCUGGCUCAACUCAAGGUCGGUGGAUAG